AUGAAGUUUGUCUCGAUUAUUGCUGUCAUAACUUUGUUGGCUUCGAUUGUGGUUGCCGAACCACAUGAUGAAAAACGUGACGCAGAACCUUACUACAAACGUCAUGAUGAAAAACGUGAUGCCGAACCCGAUUACUACAAACGUCAAUUUUACAAACGUCAAUCGGCAGACACCGUUGACUAUGGAAAACGCGAUGCCGAACCCUAUUACUAUUACUACAAACGUGAUUAG